AUGGCAGUGACUGUGAAGAUGAAAGAUUCGAUUAAUUUCGCUGCUCUCCAAUGGCGCGGUACUCUCCGCCAAAGAUGGCUGGAAGGAGUACCUGCGGGCAGGAAAUGUCCAAUAGAGAAAUCAACUCUAAAACUAGCAGACCUCAUCAAGCAAGGCUUUCUCAAUACCGACGAAGGAUUGAUAUACUAUGACACAGGCGAUCUGGACGAAACUAUUGAAGAACACAUGAUGCUCCCCAAACCAUCCGAAUGGGCCCGUACGUACCGAGUACUCCUGGAUCCAAACGUGAAAAAUGCCCAAGAUGAGAAAGACUUGCAAUUACAACUCUGGGAAGGACAUAUCGCACCCGGAAUCCUGUACAUCGACACUAUGUACCGUCGACCUGGUACUGGGCCGGAGGCUGGACCACCAUCCUCGCAAAUCGCACAGGCCGCAUAUGAGGCAAAAUACCCCAUUGAUACUUUGAAACAUAUCAUUUUGUGUGAUGUAGUUCAUAAACCAACAAAGAAAUUCAUCAAGCACCAGCUUUACACUGAAAAGAACGGACUCUCUUGGCCGGAUGAAAAAUUGGUUGAGUGGAAGUACAACACGCCGGAGUACAAGGCGAUAAUUGGAACCAAGAUCGGAAAUGUGGUGGCAUAUAUUGUACUUGGAGGAUUUCCACGCGGCACUCCUCGGAUCUCGAGCAUUUGGACCUGCUCGCAUCACUGUACUUUGUUUAUGAGAUUUGAUAUUGAGCGGAUUGAACCUGUGAAGACAGCACCUCUGCGGCAACCUCGCGCUGUGAAGACCAAGCGGAGGAAUGAGUUCAGUGACUCUGAUUCUGAGAAUUUUAGACAAUUGAAGCGUCAGAAGUCAUUUUAA